AUGUCAUCGAUUCCAACAUCUUACGUUGUAGAUGGCGAAAAUAGGUUUACCAACCAUACCAUUGCAUGCAUAUUGUCAAAGACACCAGGUCGUAGAGCAACUUCUGACGUCACGCCAGGAUGUACGAAUGUUAUCUCAUACACUGAUGCACGCAUUGGCGCAUGCAUACAACCUCGAAAAAUGCGUCGUAGAGGACGCACCUCAUAUACAGAAUCUCAAGUCGAAGCCUUGGAAUGCGUGUUUGCUGUGAAUAAGUAUCCCGAUAUAAAUGAAAGAGAAGCAUUGGCUGACAUCAUCGGCAUACAAGAAGCUAGAGUACAGGUGUGGUUUCAAAACAGAAGAGCGCGACUUAGAAAGGAAAAGAACAAUAGACCAACUGCUGCAAAGGGUGUAACCCAUGUCAUGUUGACCAAGAACAGCAAGAAAACCUCGUCGAAAGAGAGCAAUAAAUCAUCACCGUCAGCUACUCGUUUACCGCCAACAACAACAGUUAUCUCGCCGAGUUGUAUCACAGAUAUUAAGCCACCAACCAGUUCUUCAUCACGUUCGUCGGCGAUAGGUGAUUCACCUUUUAAAUCCAACAUUAAUUUCCCGAAACCGCCAGUUGUUGAGGCAUAUCGAAUGUUCAACUACAACAGAUAUCUGCCGCCGUUUUACGGCAGUGCGGCUCUGGUGUGGUUUCAAAACAGAAGAGCGCGACUUAGAAAGGAAAAGAACAAUAGACCAACUGCUGCAAAGGGUGUAACCCAUGUCAUGUUGACCAAGAACAGCAAGAAAACCUCUUCGAAACAGAGCAAUAAAUCAUCACCGUCAGCUACUCGUUUACCGCCAACAACAACAGUCAUCUCGUCGAGUUGUAUCACAGAUAUUAAGCCACCAACCAGUUCUUCAUCACGUUCGUCGGCGAUAGGUGAUUCACCUUUUAAAUCCAACAUUAAUUUCCCGAAACCGCCAGUUGUUGAGGCAUAUCGAAUGUUCAACUACAACAGAUAUCUGCCGCCGUUUUACGGCAGUGCGGCUCUGGCCAGUCAACCGCAUCUUUGCUACACUGUCGAAAUAUGCAAGUAA